UGUCCUCUCUCCUUUUAAACACCGAUAUUCCUUCUUCUUAACCUUUCCUUCCAUUCAUUCCUCCAGUCCCAGGCAACCCAAUUCUCACCUCAUUAAUGGCCUCUCUUUUGCUGCCCUCUGUCCAUCCCAGUUGGAGCUCAGCUAGCAGCUCGAAAUUGAAAUCGUCCUCAUCCAAACACCUCUCCUUUUUCUGGUUUCUUCUCGCUCCUCUUCAUGCCCUCCUUUCUUUUCCUUGGGUUUUCCGGGUUCUGCCGCUCCCAUCUGCUUGAGUCGAAAAUGUCCUCAGCUCUUGAUAUUAUUAUUCCCUUCACCCUUUCUCUUCCUUCGCUGUUGAAAGCCUUCCCCGUUUCGAUCUUAAAGGCUUCUCCCCCUGUUCUGUUCCUGGUGCUCGUGCUGCUGCUGUCCUCCGUCGACCUGUCGGUUGCCUCGCGGGCCACCCUCAUCUGCGGCACCCGCACCGCGGCUCCCUCGGACCGCCUGGCCUUCGCCAAGAACUUGAGGAGCGCGAUGGAGGCCAUCGCCCCGCAGGUCUCCUCGAAGCGGUAUGCCAGGGUCGUCGCGGGAACCUCGGCCGACGACCGGGUCUAUGCUUCCGGUGAGUGCUCCGAGCAUCUCUCCAGGCCUGCUUGUCACCGCUGCAUCGCCUGGUGCAAGGCCCAGAUCCUCCGAUGCUUCCCCGGAGAGAGACCGACUCGGGGCGCUCGGAUUUACUUGGAUGGUUGUCAUCUCCGCUUCGAUGACUACGACUUCUUCGGAGAGGCACCGGGACUCGAUAACCACCUGGUCUGCAGCGUCGUGCAUUCGAACGGGAACCGGACUGCUUUCGCAACAGCCGCCAGAAAGUUCGUCGGAAAAUCGAGCAUGCGGGCUCCGCCAAACGACAGCUUCUUUGCGGCUUCUGUGGGAAAGGAAAAUUCGAGUGUUCAUGGGUUGGGGCCGUGCUGGAAGUUCGUGAACAAGAGGUCGUGCCCAGAGUGUUUGCCGGAUGCAGGUACGAGAAUUGGUCAUUGCUUUCCUAAACAGGGAGCAAGUAUGCUGAGAUCAGGGUGUUACAUGAGGUACCCCAUCAGUCAACUCCACAACGAUUUUGAAAUCCAUGUUGUAGUAGCAGGCAGGCACAUCAUUAAACUACCUGUGGUUUUUCCCAUUGUGGUGAUUCUGAUGCUUAUCAUGGUACUUAUUUUCUUUGGAAAGAGAAAGGUUGAAACUAGGACAGUGAGGAAGCAACUGGGUGCUUUAGCAGCUACUGUUAUAAAAUCCAGUCUCCACUUCAACUAUGAAAUGCUUGAAAGGGCGACAAAUUAUUUUGACAGUUCCAAUAAGCUGGGUCAGGGAGGAUCUGGUUCGGUGUUCAAGGGAGUUUUACUAGAUGACAGGGUUGUGGCAGUAAAGAGGUUAUUUUUUCAUACAGGACAAUGGGAAAAGUUCUUCAAUGAAAUCAAUUUGAUAAGUACAAUUGAUCAUAAAAAUCUUGUCAAGCUGUUGGGCUGCAGCAUCACUGGCCCCGAAAGCCUUCUUGUUUAUGAAUAUGUUCCGAAUAAGAGCCUCUGUUAUUACUUUUCUGAUAGGAGGAAUGCUCAGCUGCUUAGCUGGGAAAUGAGAUACAACAUCAUUGUCGGGGCUGCAGAGGGUUUGGCCUAUCUUCAUGAAGAAUCACAGUUACGGAUUGUGCAUAGAGAUAUAAAACUCAGCAAUAUAUUGCUUGAUGAGAGCUACUCUCCCAAAAUUGCUGAUUUUGGGCUUGUUAGAUUGCUUCCAGGGGAUAAAACUCACAUCACCACUGCCAUAGCUGGAACCUUAGGCUACAUGGCUCCUGAGUAUCUUGCUAGUGGCAAAUUGACGGAAAAGGCAGAUGUAUUCAGUUUUGGGGUUCUUUUAAUUGAAGUUGUCACUGGAAAGAGGAACAAUUCCAGAAAAGACGAACAAUCUAAUAAUCCACUUGGUGUUCUACAGAUGGUCUGGAAUUGUUAUACAUCGAAUAGAAUGCUGGAAGCUGUUGAUCCAGUACUAGAAGGUAAUUUUCCCUUGGAGAAGGCAUCUAGGGCACUCCACAUUGGGCUGCUUUGUGCGCAAUUAUCUGCAGAACUGAGACCAUCAAUGUCAGCGGUAGUUAAAAUGCUCAAGGAGGAUGAUACCAUCACCCAACCAACCCCACCACCAUUUCUCGGUUAUGGCACAGAAAAUGCAUCAGCAGCACCAAAGAAAAUUUACUCGCAGCAUGGAUCCAGUGCAUCUUCAAUUAACAGUACAACAAUCAGUAUACUUGAGCCUAGAUGAAACAAGAGGGGGAAAAUCCUUUCUUGAAUGAUUAUCAAUUGGUUUUUCUGAUACUGAUGUCCUUGCUAGGGAUCAAAUUACUCUUAAGUUAUGAACAGUUUGGCAAGAUUCAGAGCAUAGGUUGCAAAUUUUUUCUGGAUUUGAGCCAUCGGUCUUAGUUGAAUCAAGGGUGCAUCUAAGCAACGUUGUGCUGUGUAACUUUUGAUCAUGAUUGAUGAGACCAUUGAAGCACCAAAUUUUGCUUGCUACUGAAACAUUUACCUAAGAGUCAUACUGCUUCAAAUUAUUAACAACGUCAAAAAUCUAAAAACUUUCUCCUUUCUUUUGUUAACCUACCUGUAAAAUUUAGGCCGAUCAUGGGAGACCGGCUUGUGAAGCUUGGCUGGAAACUUGAGAUGUUAUAUAAAAAUCAUUGAAUGCUGGGACCUUCACAAUGCUA